CAACGAGAGCAUGCAAUGAGUGCAGGAGCCGAGCCUACAACGCUGCCGGGCAUCUCUACGAUAAAAACGAGCCUCGUUGAGGUAGCCAUGAGCAACACGCCCCGCAGUCCUCCACCCUGCGGCGGUGACGAGUUGCUCGGGGGCUCGGUGGGAGCUGACGCCUGGAGCAAGGCCUCAGGCACUCCUCCAGCUUUGCUCCCUGGCCGCAGAAUGUCCCCGCAGCAGGCUGGUGGUGCCUCGCAGAGAGCAGCCACUUCACCGCUCUACCUGCCUCGACCUCCGUCCACUCCUCCUCGCGAGUCCACCACAGGGAAACUGCGGAGGAGCCUGGAGUAUAUUCGCCUCUCCAGGAGCGAGUUGGAUGAGAAGGAGCAGACUAUUGGUUCGCUGAGAUCUGAGAAUGUCAAGCUGCAGGCUGCAGUUAGAGAGUUGAAAAACCUGCAACAGAGCUACUCGGCAUUGCAGUCAGCUUGUUCAGACCUGGCCCAGUGCCUGGGCUGCAGUGUGGAGGGAGUUGCUGCUGAAUCUGUGGGAGAUAUCCUCCACAACCAAGCCACCAGUCUCCUGCAGGACAGACAACAUACCCAACAGCAGUUGAAGAGGUUGCAGGAUGAGUUGGAGAGGAGCAGGGGUGACACUGCAGCCGCCAGUGUCCAGGUAUCCAGUCUGGAGGCUCAGGUCCAGCAGGCCAGGUCAGCUCUGCUCUCAAGGGACUCUGAGCUCCAGAGACUCCAGGCAAAGGUGGAGAGGCUGCAAGGGAGUGAGGCAAGGAACAACACGGCUCUACAGAGCCUCAGGCAGCGGCUGACUGAGAUGGAGGGAGCCAGGGGAGGGGAGGACUCUCAGCAGAGACUCUCAGAACUACACACUGAGAUUGGGAGACUCAGAAAGGCCCUCCAUGAAAAGGAGGCAUCUGAGCAAAGAACACAGAGUGAACUGGAGGCCUGCCAGGCAGAGGUGGAGGAGACGAGACACAGGGUAGCAAAUCUGGAGGAAAUGUAUGAGGAUCUUUGCUUGCAGUUGGCUAUUGGACUGCAACUGGGGGAGUCUGCCACGCACGAUGUGGACACACUCCUUGCUGAGGUGGGGAGGCUCGCCCAAGAGAGCCCUCAGCUGAGACUGAGGACUGAGACAUUAACUAAAACCCUAAAGACUUGUGAACUGGACUCCAGAGCAAACAGAGAGACAAUUCUGAGGCUGGUGUCAGAAGUCAAGAAACACGAGAAGCUGGCAGCACAGGUCUCAGACUUGCAGGAGGUAUGAUUUGUUACCCUCACCUGCUCACAGUGAGGUCUCUACCCUGAUCAUGACAGGCAAAGAUGGAACAGGAGGCUCUAUUAGAAAGUCUGGAGAGGGAGAGGAACAGCUACCAGGAGAGGCUGGUGGCUGCCAAAGAGACAAUGGCAGCACAAGAAGAGGAACUACAGGCCAAAGAAAUCAGGGUACGUGAGCUGGCGUCCAACUGGCAUUCCCUCAAGGCCACAGCUGAUGCAGAGAGUGAGCUCAUUGCUGCAGAACAGCAAAAAUACAGAGAGCUCUGCAAGGCAGUUGGCUCACUCGUUGGCUCAUCUUCAACUGAAGCAGUUGAACUAUUGCAGACCCUGGAGCAGGUGGUCCAGGGUGGGCAUCAGUUGAGGCAGAGGCUGGAGGUGAGAGAUGCAGAGCAGGUGGAGUCAGGGAGGGCCCACGGCUCCCUGCGGAUGCAGCUGGCUGAGGUGGAGGCAGAGUUGGAGAGGCAGAGAGGGAGAGUCAAGCAACUGGAAGGAGAGCUGCUGACUCAGACUCUAGCCAAGGAAGGACUGGAGAGGGACAUGGAGAAAGAGCAGCAGUUUCACCAGAGGCUGUCAAAAGCUCUGAAAUUCGACUCUACAACUGCUCAGGUGGUGACUGGAGACUUUGCCCGUGAUGCCAUCCUAGUCAGAGCUGAGCAGAUGACAAAACACGAGACUCAGACUCUGGCUGAGAAGCAGUCGGCACUCUACUCGGUCCAACGCCAGCUAAAGACAUGUCGACAGACGCUGGGGAGCAAGGAGAUGUACCUGGGCCUCCUGCAGAAGAAGGCCAGCAGUCUGGAGGGAAAGUUGCAGGAGAUGAGCCAGAGGGAGGCCCACCUCGAGAACAUGGCUGGGAAGAGCAAGAGGCUUGAGAAGCAGGUGGAGAGACAGAGAGCAAAAAUGGCAGAACAGAACGAAGAGUUAGAGAAGCUGCGAAUAGAAAACAAUGAGAUGUCCUCCCUCAAGACUCAGUGUAUGGAGCAAGAGAGAGAGGUGGAGAGACUGUUAGUCAGACUGGAGGAGCUGAGCCAGGCCAGGUCAGAGCAGGCACGGCAGCUGGCAGAGGCAAGAGCCAAGGCCCAGAGCUCUGCUGUAGCGGCUGUGGCAGCUAGGGAGAGGAAAGAGGAGACCAGGGAGGCAGAGAAAGAGCAGAGAGAACUUCGAGACCAACUCAGCAAGGCCAGAGACACCGAGAUUAAGUUCAACAAGUUUCAAGAGGCAGUGCAAAGACUGGUGUCUGAUGCCAGAGCCGACAGCGGAUCAGGAGGAGCAACAGAGGGUGCCCCUAGCAAUUACACCCUAAUUGCGAGGCUGGAGUUGCUGGUGGCGGAGCACAAGGAGCUCCGUGACACGGUCCAGUGUCUGGGUCCCAGUCUGCAGCAGCUGGAACAGGGGUUCAGGACUGGGUACUCUGACACCAUUGCCAUCCUGCAAACUAGAGCUUGAAAGGCUCUCUUCGUUUGUUGUUCAUUUUUAUCAUUUCCCCCUGCUUUUUGAAUUUCACUCCCAAAAGUUC